AUGAAGAUAGGCAUCUUCUCGUGUGCCACUCUGCUCGCAGUGUCGGCCCCAGUUUCGAGCUCCGAAGAGUGUGGGCAUAAUUGGGUCAAGCACAAUGAGGUGAAUGCGAUAGUCCCGGAGCCGCCUAAAAGCAUCAGCGAGAAGGCGGCCGACUUCUUCAACCCGUCAUUCUUCUGGUCUGACGGAUGCCAUUCGUUUCCCGCUGUAGACGAAAUUGGUCGAACUGGCAGCGGUCUCAAUCCCACGGGAGCGGUUGAUGGCAGCUGCAAGCGAUCCGAGAUGGGGAAUCAAACUUACUCGCGUUCAGGGUGGUAUCGCGAGAAGUGGGCUCUUGCUUACGCAAUAUACGAGCCAAAAGACUCGUCCGGCUCCGGGUUUGGCACGCGUCACCAGUGGAUCUAUUUCGUGAUUUGGAUCAACAACCCAGAACACCUGGAGAACGGGAUUGAGGCAGUGUCGACGUGGGGCCCCGAAGGUUUGGAGAAAACGCUGAAACCUCGAGAGGACGUCAUGGCCGGGGAAGGCAUCAAACUCGACUACAACUUAAUGGGGGGAAACGGGCACUUUGUCAAAUUGACUACUUUGGGUGGUUGCGAGCCCCAGACCCUGAUCUCGUGGACCCAGUUGCCGGACGCAGCUCGUUGUGCGCUCAAUCGUGCGAGAUGGAACGGUGGCAAGGUGAUGCCCCUGAGCGAUGACGUCUUCGUCAAAAAUCUUGCAGACGCUUGGCCUUUUGAGGACUAG